GACGUGUUCAGUUUUUGCUGAAAGCUGUUCUAUUUGUUACUUGGAAAAUUGAACGGGUAAAAGUACCCCAAAUCUCUUUAUUCAUGACAGUUUUCUAAUAAAGGAAAAUGUAUUAUCAAGUGUGGUGAGAAGUUUUGAAAAGAAUGCAGAAAAAUAAUAUGGCAAAUCUUCAAAAGGACGAAGCACAAGAGAUAAAUGACUUAGUGGACAUUACUGGAAAUUUUGGUUCAUGGCAGAAACGGGUGUUUCUAAUUGCUUUCUUUGUGAUAAUGCCAAAUUCUUGCCAUAUUCUGGUCAUGACAUUUUUCGCUCCCGACAUUGACCAUUGGUGCAGCAGACCACCAGCCUAUUCGAAUCUGACUAUCAACCAGUGGAAAUCUCUAGCCAUCCCCCCUGUGAAGAAUAAGAAUGACAACGCCACCUACAGCCACUGUCUGAUUUAUAAAAAUAUUACUGAUUCUCCUUCAAGAGUAGAACAGUCGAAUGUCACGUGUACAUCAUGGGAGUAUGACAACUCUUUCUACACUUCAACUGUUGUUGAUGAGUGGGACCUGGUGUGUGGCAGUGACUGGUUGCUGUCAUUGAGUACCACCGUAGUUAUGGCAGGGUUUCUUUUCUCGGUUUUUAUAUGUGGUCAACUGUCCGACAGGUAUGGUCGUAGACCCAUCAUAUUAACGUGUAUCGCUCUUUCUUUGCUGUCUGGUCUAGCGUGUGCUUUCUCUACGACAUUUGUUAUGUUUAUUAUCUUCAGAUUUAUUAUCGCUUCUGGAAUUUCAGGAGCAACGACUACUUCAUUUGUAUUGCUUAUGGAAUCAGUUGGUGUAGACUACCGUGAUGUCCUGGGGAUAUGCUUCGAGUUUGGCUGGGCUCUCGGCUACAUCAUCUUGCCAGGAUUGGCGUGGUUUAUAAGAGACUGGUCCAACUUACAAUUAGCUAUUACUGUUCCUGUCGCAUUGUUUUUCAGUCUUUGGUGGUUUCUUCCGGAAUCUCCACGUUGGCUAUUAUCUCAAAAUAAAGCAGAACAACUACAGAAAGAGCUAGAGAAGGUGUUAAAACUGAAUAACAGGCAAGUCUCUAACCUGGAAGGUGUCGUCAAAAGACUGAUCAACAGGGAAAACAAGGAUAAAGAACAACCAUCGAAGAAGCAAGCAACCUUCGUCAAUCUCCUGCUAACUCCCAACAUGCGAAGCAAGACGUUGAACAUCUACUUUAACUGGUUUGUGAACUCCUUUGUCUACUAUGGUUUAUCCCUGAACACGAGUAAUCUCGGUGGUAAUCCAUUCCUUAACUUCUUUAUUGCUGGAGCAGUGGAGUUUCCUUCUUAUGGAGCCUCGGUAUUCGCCAUUAAGUACCUAGGACGUCGCAUUCCAUUGAUGGUUACAAUGGUCGUUGGUGGUUUAGCAUGUUUUCUCACCAUUCCUAUACAAGAUGAUCUCUUAUGGCUACGAAUUACUUUGGCUAUGAUUGGAAAAUUCUGCAUUUCUGCUUCUUUUGCCAUCAUCUACGUGUUUUCUGCAGAAAUUUAUCCAACUGUGGUACGUAACGUUGGUGUUGGCUCCAGCUCUACUUGUGCUAGAAUUGGAUCCAUGGUGGCACCGUUCGUCAAAGAGCUGGGAAAGGCCACCAAUCAAGGAGUUCCUCUUGGAAUUUUUGGAGGAUUAUCCAUUGCAGCAGGACUUUUAAUUCUGCGUUUACCAGAAACCAAAAACAAACCAUUACCUGACACUCUAGAAGAAGGCGAGAAGUUUGGGAAGAAGAAAUACAACUCUAAUGUUUUAAGGGAAUAUUGGAACAAGAUGACCGGGAAGAAUCUUGAACUAGAAAGAAACAAUUCAUCCAAACAUCCACAACUGGAGGAAUAUACCACCACAAAGAUAUAGCUGAAAGUGAACAUAGCUGGAUUUAAACGGUUCAAGACAAUUUUCGCCCUGAAGGCAUAGAGAAGGAAAAUUAUCUUUAGCAUAAAUAACUAAAAUUUGUAAAAUGAUAUUAUCAUUAAUUAUAUUUAGGAGCAUUCUGAAACAGCUUAGAUUUUAUUUAAUCUUAAUCUUAUGAUAACAGUGUACUGAGAACUUGUAUUCUUAUGAUAACAAUGUACUGGGAACUUGUGUGAUCUUUAGCUUUCGAGGCGUUUUAAUAUGAAAAGAAAAUAUUAUUAUUAUUGAAACUUUUCCAAUGUUAUUUUAAACUUUAAGCUUAACACUGAAGAACUAAAUCAAUUACAUUGAAGUAUUUGUAAUAAUAUUUAUGUAUAACAUAAUAUGAACUAACCAAGAAGGUGGAUUUGUAACUUUAAACUACUGAAAUUGUGAAACUAAUCAACUAUAGGUAUUAUUUUUUUAUUACUUGUACAUAUUUUGUUUUAGAUGAAUGACUAAAUGUAUUUAAGUGUUACACAGAAAUAUUUAACUAGCAUUAAUCUUUGAUGCUACAACACUUCUUUUGCUAAGGAAGAAUAGUGUUAUGUUCUUUCUAAUUAAACACAUGUAAACAAUCCAACAUUACCAUUAGUAGAAUCAUCCAUGUUGAGUUUCUGAAAGUGGUGUACUCCCUAUAAUGUUUCUAGUACUACAUUCGAGCUUUCGGUUAUACAUAAAUCACCUUCAGACACAAAGAAAUU